AUGCCUUCGAUAGUAGAAGAGAUAUGUAUCGGAAACUUAGGCAGUCUCCAAACACUCCCCGACUCAUUCGCCUGGAAACCUACCUCCGGCGACUCCGUUCUCCCUUCCUCCGCCACUACGGUGGAAGAGACCGUUCCGGUCAUCGACCUCUCCGAUCAUGACGUCACUACUUUGAUAGGAAAUGCGUGUAAAACGUGGGGAGCGUUUCAGAUAGCUAACCACGGGAUUUCUCAAAAGCUCCUCGACGAUAUUGAGUCUCUUUGCAAAACCUUUUUCGAUAUGCCUUCAGAGAGGAAGCUCGAGGCGGGUUCUUCUGAUAAAGGAGUUAGUGGCUACGGAGAACCACGAAUCUCUCCUUUCUUCGAGAAGAAAAUGUGGUCCGAAGGAUUCACCAUCGCCGAUGGUUCUUACCGCAACCAAUUUCGUACUACUUGGCCCCAUGAAUACACCAAAUAUUGCGGAAUAAUCGAAGAAUACGAGGUCGAAAUGGAGAAAUUAACGAGAAGACUUCUGUCUUACUUAUUGGGCUCACUUGGUGUCACCAUGGACGAUAUUGAAUGGGCUAAGAAGUCCGAGAACUCUGGAUCAGAAAUGGGCCGACGAUCCAUACGAUUAAACUAUUACCCGGUUUGUCCUGAACCAGAACGAGCCAUGGGUCUAGCCGCUCAUACCGACUCAACUAUACUAACCAUUCUGCACCAAAGCAACACCGGAGGACUACAAGUGUUUAGAGAAGAAUCCGGUUGGGUUACGGUAGAGCCGGUUCGUGGUGUUCUCGUGGUCAACAUCGGCGAUCUCUUUCACAUUUUAUCGAACGGGAAAAUACCGAGUGUGGUUCAUCGAGCCAGAGUUAACCAUACCCGGUCAAGAAUUUCAGUUGUGUAUUUGUGGGGUGGUCCAGCUGGUGAUGUGGAGAUUGCACCUAUAUCCAAAAUAGUUGGUCCGGUUGGACCGUCUCUAUACCGACCAAUUACUUGGAAUGAAUAUCUCCGAAUCAAAUUUGAAGUUUUCGACAAGGCAUUGGACGCAAUGAGGGUCGUUAAUCCCACCAACUGA